AUGAGCUCUACACAAACGCAUCAGGACCCUGAACAGGUCGUCGAGGAUCAUGGCGAGGACUACGGAUCCGAUCUCGCCAACGAAGAUGUCGACGAAGUAGUUGCCGACCAUGACGAAGAGGGCGAUGUGCCCAUGGAUGACGACAGCGACGACGAGACAGCUCCUCAGCAAGAUGGUCAAGACGGUCCGGGUCCAGGCCAAGAAGAAUUCGUCGACAAUUCGAUAGCCGCCUUCUACUCGCACCGCAAGUCGGUCUUUUCCGUUUCGCUCCACCCUUCCUUCCCCAACCCACCAUUGGCGCUCAGCGGAGGAGAGGACGACGGUGGCUGGAUCUGGAACACGCAGGAUGGCUCCGAAGUGGUGCGACUUGGCGGCCACACUGACAGCGUCACCUCGGCGCUCUUCAACGCCGCUGGUGACUUGGCGGCAACCGGUGGAAUGGACGGCAAGGUUCGCAUCUGGCGCAAGGCGAGCGACGACUUCAAGUCGUGGGAAUUCCUCACCAACCUCGAAGGUCCCGACGAGGUGGUCUGGAUCGACUGGCACCCCAAGGGAAGCGUACUGGCUGCAGGUGGCGCCGACGCGACUCUAUGGAUGUGGCAGCUGCCCAGCGGCAACGUCAUGAAUGUCUUCUCCGGUCACAGCGAUGCUGUCUCUUGCGGAAGCUUCACGCCUGAUGGCAAGAGGCUUGUGACCGGCGCCGAAGACGGCACUCUCAUCGUGUGGGACCCGCGAAGCGCAGAAGUGGUCUCCAAGGUCGCAACUCACCUCGAUGGUGGUCUCACCCAGCUCGCCAUCUCUCCCGAUGCAAGAGUCGUUGUCGUUGGCGGUGCCGCUGGCGACGUCCGCGUCAUCAACAUUGGCGCUCUGGACAACGGCGGUGCUGCCUCGGUCGUUGCUUCCCUGACAGGUCACGCCGAAGGAGAGUCCAUCGAAGGCAUUCAGUUUGUCGACGUCGGUGGCGGCAACCGCACCGGUCACGUCAUCACUGCCUCGACCGAAGGCAAGGCGAUCGUAUGGGACCUCUCGCUGGCAAAGAUGCGCUGCGAGGUCAUGCACGACGCCGCUAUUACCAGUAUUGCUUUGCAUCCGGGCACCACACUCUUCUCGACGUCAUCAGCGGAUCACACCAUCAAGACGUGGGAUGCCAGGACGGGUGGCUGUGUUGCUACCCAGCAAGGAUUCACCGACGGUGUGUUGGCGCUUGCAGUAGGCAAGGAUGACGGCUUCACCCAAGGUGCUGAGACGGGCGGAAUCGGCGCCUACACCAAUACGGCCAGCGCCAAAGGCUGGAAGCUCGUGGGCGCAGGCGACGAAGGCGUUGCGCUUGUCUUCCGUGUCUGA